UUCAUUCAUUUCAUUGUUGACUGUUGGCUAUCAAGCCAAUUACAAAUGUUUUAAACUUAGCCAUUUUCAUAAAAAAUUUACUUAAAUUAUGGCUGAUAAAUUAGAUAUGUCCUUAGAUGACAUAAUAAAACAAAACAAAGGUCAGUUCAGAUUUAGAGGAAGAGGAGGCAUUAGAGGAAGAGGACCUAGAGGAAGGAUGCGUGGUAAUUUAGCCGGUCCUAUGCGGCCUAGAAUGAAUAUGAAUCGAGGCCGCUCAAGGCCGUUGCCUUAUUCAAGACCUAAAGAAAUACCAGAUAGGUGGCAGCAUGAUUUAUUUGAUGGUGGUGCAUCUCAACGAACAGGCUUAACUACGGGUGUUACAAAACUUCUAGUAUCGAACUUAGACUAUGGAGUUUCGGACAGUGAUAUCAAGGAACUAUUUGCUGAGUUUGGUCCUUUGAGAAAAGCUGCUGUUCACUACGACAGAUCAGGUCGUUCUUUGGGUACUGCUGAUGUGAUUUUUGAGAGGCGUCUAGAUGCAGUGAAAGCUAUGAAGCAAUAUAAUGGUGUCCCUCUUGAUGGUAGGCCUAUGAAUAUUCAGAUUGGAAGUUCGACAGUACCUAGUUCAAAUCGAGGCAGAAGUGGAGGCACAGGUGGUGGUGGUGGAGGAGGAGGACAAAGAAAUUUCAUUAGUAGGGGACGACAAGGUGGCAGUGGGCGCGGACGAGGAGGCAGAGGAGGCGCCCAGCGAAAAGUACCCACAGCUGAAGAAUUAGAUGCUGAAUUAGAUGCAUAUGUAAAUAAAAUGGAGUAAAGCAGAAAUAUAUCCUGUUUUCAAGUGGUCAUUUUUUCAUAACCUAAGUACACAUCUACAGACAUGUGUAGACAGACAUGUAAAGUGAAGCUGAAAAUUUCAAUUUUAUGUUGAAUGUUCCCAGUUUUAACUAUUGUACAUUAAGAAAUACUCGUUUUCAGUGUCACCAGAUGAACUGAAACAACCAUGCCUAAUGACUUUGUUUUCAUCACCAUCAUUUUAUCAUGUACUUGCAUUUUUAUGAGCGUGUUACAAGAUUAAAAUCAUUCAUUUUGUGUUA